AUGAUCUCCGUCGAUCUGCUCGUGCACAACCUGGCCGUGCUGGGCGGAUUCGUGCUGCUGGUCCUCAUGGUGAUCUGGACUGAAGGUCUCUACGAUCUCAGUGAGGCCGGGCAAAGACUUUUCGUGGAUGGGAGUUUGACUGGCUGGAGUUCUUCGCUGGCCAUGCAAAUGGCACCCGAGCUGUGCGGCUUCGUGGGUUUAAAGGGGGUCACUCUGCUGUGCUACCUCAUCACCGCCUGCGGUGGCUGCUGGAUUCUGGAACAGCCAAGUGGAUCCUUGAUGGAGUACUACCCCACUUGGCGGCAUCUGUUGGUUGCUUUGUUCCAGGUUGAUGGAAUGGGAGCCGAGAGUUCCCCAGUCAGGCAUACAUUUGGUGCAGAUCGAUUGCUUUGUGUGUUCCCGCAUGCGUCACAUUCAGGCAAGCCAGCGAUUUGUCAUGAAUUAAAUUAA